CUCAUCGCUAGACACAGUCAAGCGUUGGUUUUUUGCUGAUUCCGCGCUCCCUUGGCCGUUUUAAAAUGAAUAUUUUUCGGUUUCUUGGCGAUGCGGCUCAUUUCAUCGCAAUUAUUAUACUUCUCAUGAAAAUCUGGAAAACAAGAUCUUGUGCUGGCUUGUCUGGUCGUAGCCAAGUUGCUUUCGCGUUGGUGUUCACUACACGAUAUAUUGACCUUCUCACAACCUUUAUUUCUCUAUAUAAUUCUGCAGCCAAAAUCAUUUUUAUCGCAUCCUCUUAUUUCACGGUUUACUUGAUGUACAAAAAAUUCAAAGCUACGUAUGACAGUAACCACGAUACUUUUCACAUGAGCAUUCUACUGGUCCCUUGUGCUGUGCUCGCACUUUUGGUUAAUGAGAGAUUCACGGUUAUGGAGGUUCUUUGGGCAUUUUCAAUCUACCUGGAAGCCGUCGCGAUCCUGCCACAGUUAUUUCUGAUAAGCAAGACUGGCGAGGCU